AUGGCCAUUCUCGGAUACCGAGAACUAGGUCUCCUGUCUUUUGCUGUUCCUGUUGAAGGCCAAGCCGAAGAAUUUGUGGUGGGUGGUGGUAAUAAUAUUAUACUAAUUGAAUGGGAUAGUUCCAAAAAUCGGAAACAUCCUCCUCAUAUUGUAUUGGACUCAGCAAUAGAUCUUCCCCUAGGCAACAGAUGGGGUUAUGCAGGUGUCGAUCACAGCAAAAAACUAUGGAUAGUGACGACGAACGAUAAUCCGGAAAUUUAUGGAGAAAACUUGGGAAUGGUGUACCGUUUGAAUAAGGAUAGGAAGCUAAAAAAAAAACUUGUUGGCCUUAAUUCGAUCACUGGUGGAUUCGCGUGGGACCAUCCUUCGCCGGGAGAUAUCAAGCGUGGAGUGUCUUACAGAUUCUAUUACGCCGAUCCUCCGCGAAAACAAGUCGCACUCUAUGAUUUCAUAGCGAGUAAUGGAGAAAAGAUUGAAAACAGACAACCGCUAUUAUGGCUUCCACGUCAUAACCUAAAUUGCGAUCCGGGUCGUAUAGCAAUGGAUACCAGAGGUUAUCUCUGGGUGCCUUUAAUUGGAGGUCGUGGAGUUAUUGAGUAUAAUCCAAUGAUAGACCGGACGUUUAGAUUUAUUGACAUACCCGCAGCCAAGGUCGGCGCAUGUGUUUUCGGAGGUGAUGCAAUGGAGAUUCUAUUUGUAUCAACAAUAGGAUAUGAAUAUAAAGAACCUCAUCAACAUCGCCCACAUGCCGAUGAAGGUGGUCACAUUUACGCGAUCCGCAACCUUGGCGUGAAUGGAGAGCAGCUAAGAAAGUACUUCGUGAACGAGGCUAAACUACCGCAGGAAAUAAUACAGGCUCGUGCACGCAGGGCUCUUCCCCCUUCUCCUGGGAGAAGAAGCCUUAUCAGGCUCCUUCGUGGUGCGGGAGGUUCCCGCGCGUGA